AUGGUCGCCGACGCAGUUGUCUAUCAUCCCACGGUCUCCCACUAUCUCAAAUUUGUCGCAACUACGGUGGGCCGUGAUAAACUACUCCGUACAAUCCAGUACUUCGCCAGGUUUUAUUCCUGGUACCUGUUUCGUACCAAUGGCUCUAAGACCGAGAUAGCUCCUUGGGACGCUCUCAAGCGACAGUUUGGGCUCGCCCGUAAGGUAUUCCGUGCUGGGAAGAAUAUCGAACACCUCAAAGCCGCUGCAGUUGCCGCCGACAACAAAACCAUGGACCCCGUGCUGCGCUAUGCAACCGUUGGCCGCCAGCUUGGCUAUGCGGGCUAUUUGUCCUGCGACUUGGCCACACUUCUGGAUGCGCUAGGUGUGCGCAAGUCGGAAAGGGCCAAGACCCUCCAGCGCGAAGCAUACCGCUUCUGGGCCGUCGGUAUCCUCUGUAGCAUAGUGGCUCAACUUUACACUUUGCACAUCCUACGCAGGCGGGAGGCCCGCGUAGAUAAGAAGGAGGGUGAAGGCGUCGUGGAAAGCAAGAAGAUUGCCAUCGAAAGAUCGGCCAGCCGCCUCCAGCUCUUCUCCGACUUGUGCGAUCUGACAAUUCCCACUUCGGCUCUUGGUUGGGUUGGCUUCGAUGAUGGUCUUGUCGGCAUGGCGGGUACUAUUAGCAGUCUAAUUGGCCUCCAUUCGCAAUGGAGGAAAACUGCCUGA